AUGGUUAAAGGUCUUAGAAACAACUCCGGCAAUGAGCAAGGGUUUAUCAACCAAACCAUUGCAGAGAUCAAAAAGGAUAUCUCCACCUCGGACAUGAAGAAGAAGGCGAUUUGUGUUCAAAAGCUGACAUAUCUCCAAAUGUUUGGCCAAGAAGUCGACUGGUCUGGAUUCCACGUCAUAGAGCUUUCUGCAAAGCAGUCAUUCUGGAUGAAGAGAGUCGCUUAUUUGGCUGCACAGACGUGUUUACACCAAGACGACGACGUCCUUAUGUUGAUCACAAAUCAAUUGAAAAAGGAUCUUCAGGGCACCGCUUAUGAGUCAUGCAAUGCUUGUGCCUGUUUCUCAGCUAUUGUGAAUGAGUCUUUGGCUCGUGACUUGGCUGCGGAGUUGGUCAAAUUGCUCACAUCGGGGAAGGACUUUUUGAGAAGACGGGCGUGCUUGAUGAUGUAUCCGAUGUGUAAGGAAUAUCCCGAUGCUUUAAGGCCAUCAUUUGCUGCUAUGAAAUUGAAACUGAAGGAUGAGGAACAGACGGUAAUAGCAGCCGCUUGUGUGUCCUUUGUGGAAUUAGUGAAACAUGACCCCAAACAAUACAUCUCCCUUGCGCCAAUUCUCUAUGAAACUAUUAAGAACCCAAUGAAUCAGAGCAACGACAUGUUGAUGACAAAGGCUAUUAAGAUACUUGGGAUGCUAGCUUCUGUUGAAAUCAGACUUGCUAAGAUCUUGGUUGAACCGUUCAAUCAGUUGCUUGCGAGUAACAUCACAAUGACUGUGUUAUAUGAAUUGAUUAACGCAUGUAUCACGGGGCUGAACAAACACGUUCCAACCAUGAAGACAUGUCUUGGGAAAAUCAACAUGAUGAUUCAAGACACAGAGGGCAAUAUCAGAUUCUGCGGUCUUAAAUUACUCGGGUUUAUGAUGACCAAACACCCGAAGGCUGUUAUAGAAAGCAGAGAUACUGUGCUUGCGUGUUUGAGUGACCCUGACGAUUCACUGAGAAGAAACGCACUUGAGUUGUUGAUAGGGAUGGUCAACAAGAAGAACAUUUCCGAGACGGUUGACCGAUUACUAGUGAUAGUUGAAAAGUCUGAGAACUCGUAUUACAGAGAUGAGUUGUUUAUGAAGAUCAUUGAAAUUAUUAAAAAGGACAACUACGACAAUGUCACUGAUUUUGAAUGGUAUUUGAAACUCCUUUCAAGACUUUCAACACAGAAACUGGAACAAAGUGUCUUCAAUGUAGUAUCUCAAGAGUUCUCGAAUAUCAUUGUGAGAGUACCGGAUAUCAGACUCUUUGGUAUUACUUUACUGAAGACUAUCAUCACGUCGAAUAACUUCUUACAGAUGGCUAGUGGAGCAAGUUUGCUUGUGGAGAGUGCGUGGUGUGUUGGGGAGUAUUGCUAUUACUUGACUUCAGAAGACACGUUGUCGACACUGAAACACUUGGUGUCUUGUAAACACACGUCGUUGGUACCAGAAAUCCAAAGUGCUUUCUUGGCUGCUGCACUGAAAGUGUUCAUUGAAGUUGUUGACCCAAGAGACCCGGCUGAUAUUGAAGAAGCUGAUGACGACGAUGAAGUGAACUCGAUUACUAAGACGCAACUGUCUGAUGACGAUUUGACGAACUUGAUUGCAGAGAUAGAUGCUUCAUUGACUCCAUUUGCACAGAGCACUCAUCUUGAAGUGCAAGAGAGAGCGUGCUUCUUCUUGGCUAUAUUGAGACAAUUUGAAACAUUGAGAGAGCAACACAUUGAUAUCAUUAAGGAACUGAGAUAUUUGAACAAUGAAGUGCUUCUCCCUGUCAAUCCAAAAGCACAAAAACUGAUUGAGCCACCAGAAGAUCUCAACUUGGACGAGGUGAUCAACCCUGAAUUUGAAGAAGCUGGGAAAGAAGAGACGAUGGACUCGAACCUCUUUGAAGGGUUUGAAGACAAGACGGUCAAAGUGUCCAAGUCGAAGUCCGUGAAACACGGGAAUGCGUUUUACAUAGACGACGAUAACGAUGAUGAUAUGUUUGAAAGAGACGAAGAAAUUAAGGUGGACAUGCAACCUGUAGAAAUUAACACGGAACCGACUGCGGGUGAAGGACUGACUGCUGAAGAAGAGUUAAGAAAGGCGUUUACGUUAUCGAAGAAGAAGAAAGGGAGUUCGAAAGGGAAGAAAGGGAAAGUAGCUGGAGAGGUGAUGCCAAGCCUUAAGAAGAAAGACGCGAUAGAAGAGAAAAUGAAAGAGAAGGACAAGUUGGCACAAAUUGAUUUGAACGAUCCGGUCAAAGAGGAGGAGCUUCUUGCGCUUCCGAAGCAUCGCAGUGAGAAGACUUCACAAGUCUCUGUUGCGCAACAAAAUGUGCAACGGAUGGAAGGUGGAAAAGAUCUUUGUAAGAACAAGGCGUUUGGUGUGAAGUAUUUACUGAAGACGAAUAAAAAGCACCCAACGAAAGUGAUGGUACAACUUGAAAUUGAGAACUUCACCGAAUUUAAGACAAACGUCUCUGUUGUCAUCAACCAAAGCACUUUAUAUAACAUCGACUCUAUUAGUCGAACAACUCCGAUUCCAGUUGGGGGGAUCAUUGGUGUCACUUGUAUUGUCGACUUGAAGAAAGUCACCUCUGCUGUGGUCAAAGGCGCUAUCCAAUGCCCAGCAGCUCAAGUGGCAUCGAAUGUCCAGAUCAAAAUCCCGGCUUCUACCUUCAUAAUAGGAGCCGCUUUGGAUAAGAAAGGACUCACAGACAUCGUUAAAACAAAGAAAAUGAUUUCAAUGGCUUACUCGGUACCGGAAGACACAAAAUUGGACCAACAAGCACUCAUGGAAAGCUUACAGUUACUCCCAGUUAAAGACUCGAAUGGGAAGAUUUGGUAUGGAAACACUCUUAAGGGAGAUGACUUAGCAAUUUUAUUGACUAAGAAAGAAGGGAAAAUUGGAUUUGACUUGAAGACCACUGACAAGGUGGCGGGUGACUCUAUUCUCAAGCAAAUCAGAGAAAGUGUUGGAAUCAACUAA